UGGAUCCAUUAUCUCAACAGCGUGACAAGGCUGUGGGCAGUCUGCUAAUGCGGCAAGGGACGGAUGUGACGUAAUCUGAGGUCACCCACGCAAAUGGCGCGCGACUGUAUGCAGUUUUGUCGCCAUCGUCGUCGUCGUCGUCGUCGCUGCUUCUUUCGCGUCGACGCGAUCGAGAUUCGAUCUGGACAGGAACACGCUCGUUUGAAUAAUUACUGAAUCGUCCGCUUUCGAGAUCGAUAAAUGAAGUCGUUUCUACGCUCGCUUCUUAUCACGAAUCGACGUACAUAAUUACGCAGUGACAAAUUCGAACAUUCGUAUGCUCAAAGAUUUAUUAAAGAUUCAUUAGAAAUACUAGUGGCGUUCAUAAAUGGAAAUCGUUAUAAUUACGUGAAUAACUGCGACUAGGUUUCGAGAAGGCUUUAGCUAUUUUUUAAAGGGAACGAAAUCGAAAAUUGCAAGAGUCGUGUACGAAUUCGUAUAAUAAAGAGUUAUCCGAUAAAUCUUUUGUUUCUUCUCUAUUCUCUUAAAAACCGAACGAACCGUCUCCGCAAGGAAUGGCCAUGCGUCUUAAAUUGGCGCGAAGCGGAGUGGCGAUCUAAUUUUCCUGUAGGCUUUAAUUGCUCGAAAGAGCUCCGUCACGAGAGGCGCAAAGCCUUUAAAGCGAAAAACGGAGCCGUGAACUCGACGAACGUGACACAGUGGUAAAUAUCCGCGACCGGAAGUCGGCGUCUUCGUUACGAGAGCGCCACGAGCGGUAAUUAUUCGACGUGGGCGGAUAAAUAAAAGGGAUCGCUCAUUGAAAUAAGAAGCUGCAUCUAUCGUGCCAAGUUCUUUAUCGCUUAUUUCGCGGCUAACGCGUUUUUUAUCUCCGGAUAAAUCGAGAUUGAAUCGAUGAAGCGUCGCUAAACGUUGGGAUCGUUCGAGAACCGUCGUAAAGUCUCUCUUCGUUCCUAUACACACUUUGAACCUGGACUCCAGAUCCACGAUUAAAUCCCUUAAUUCCCUCGAAUCGGUUUCAACCACGAUGCGACGUUGAAAGCGCCGGGAUUCGAGAAGCUGAAUGGAAAGGUAAUUCUUCCGUUCGCCGAUGAAAGGCGAGGAACGACUCUAAAUAAAAUGUGUCUAUAGCUACGGAACGUUCACCUUUUCCGUUAUAGAAAUAUGGGCACGAACUUAUCGCCCUACAGUUAUGCGAGAUUAAAAGUUCGCCUAGUUGGAUUUAGAGAGUUGGAAACCGAUGCGGAGUUACGCUUAACAAAAAGUUCCACCUAAUCUAGCGAUUAGCUGCUAUUAACCCAAAUAAUAAGAGCGACAGUAAGAUAGGCAAGUGGCUCAUCUUACUUAGCAAACAAAAUAUGUAUACGUACAACUCAAGUACCCUAAACGCGUUUCUCUCGUGGGUGUGUCACGAUCGUAGAAGAGGAACGGCGCUAGAGAAACACGUAAGCUACAACAUACAGUACCAUGAACGUAAAAUCGUGUCUCGUACCCUUCUCCAGUCACUAGCAUUACCCCUUCCCAAAGGUUUGCUCGUUACCGCUGCUGUUCGGCGUCGUAUCCGCUCGGAUUGAGCGAGGCGGAGCGAUUACUCGGUUAUCACCGCAACCACCGGACCACUCGGUGAGCGAACGUUCCACGGUGGAGCACAGCUCGAAGAAUCGUCCCGAAACACGAAUUCCUCGAUUCGAAAAGGGUAGAAACGCUGACCAGUGACUCCAUAGAUCGACGAGAAUGAACGUUUGCUCGAAUCGCGGGUGAAUCGUUUCGAAAACGAACGUAGAAUAUAGAAGACGAGAUCGAGGAUGAAUCUUCCUUGAUCGAGGCCACAGACACUUUGGGAUCGUCGUAGUGUCGCGUGCCGUUCGAUUGUACGAGGACCGAUCGAUCCAUAGGUCCGAUAGGAUCGCGAUAGUGGCGUUUAAUCGUCGCUGGUGGUGGCCGAUGUUUGAUGAGUGUGGGUGAUGACAGAUGUGUUGUUUUGCUGCCGUGUUCCGCUUCGCCGUCGUCGUCGUCGGUCGCGAGCUCUGACUUGCUUCUGACAUCGCGUACGCGCGCUACUACCGUCGUUGGACAUCCACGAAAUCGGUGAACACGACAGAACGAUCGCGGCUGCAAGAAAAUGUGCCAGGCGACUAGGAUUCCUCACCUACUGGCGAUCUUCCUCUGCUGUCAAGCAUUCGGUUAUAGCUUGCUACUGGAGGAAGACAAGGAGCCGAAUUAUCUGAACGCAGGUGUGGGAGAGUACGCUGUGUUCAAUUGCGAUUUGGACUUUCCGCACGAGACACCGAUCCCGUACAUCCUUCAAUGGAACCGUGACUCGCGAACGAUCUUUUCAUGGUACAAUGGACAUCCGUCGGUGGGUCUGGGUUACGAAGGCCGCGUCCAUCUGUUGGAAGACGCCGCUCAUCGAGGAUACGGCCAGGGUAGCAUCAAUCUGACCAACAUCCGCGAGAGCGAUCAAGGAUGGUACGAGUGCAGAGUGAUCUUCCCGAACAGAACGCCGAAUUCGAGGAACAACGGAACCUGGUUCCACCUCGCUAUAGAUGGUGCGUCGCCGUUUCCGACGUCUGUUCCAGGCGAAACUCUGCUGGCGGUUCCGCCCGUCAACAAGACUGUCAUGGAGGGUGAGUCGGUCAGCUUCGAUUGCGUCGCUAAGGGAGAGAAGUCUGUCGUCAGUUGGCUCCGUGAAGGCGUGGAAAUCACGGAAAUCGAGGAUCUCAAGAGAAGAGCGUCAAUCGGGGAGGAUGGAACGUUGAGAAUCAAUUCGGCAGCUAUGGGCGACCUCGGAGAGUAUACCUGUGUGGUGACGGGUGAAACUGGGGACCAACAGAGUGCCUCGGCCUUUCUCAAUGUACAAUACAAGGCGAAGGUUAUCUACGCUCCCCGCGAAGUUUACCUACCGUACGGGAAACCAGCCCUUCUAGACUGUCACUUCAGGGCAAAUCCACCCCUGACGAACCUCCGUUGGGAGAAGGAUGGAUUUCUUUUCGAUCCUUACAACGUUCAAGGAGUGUUCUACAGGAGGAACGGUUCUCUGUAUUUCAGCAAAGUGGACGAAACGCACUCCGGGAGUUACACGUGCACUCCGUACAACGAACUCGGCACGGAAGGACCUAGUCCGUCGAUUACGGUGAUUGUGCAGAGACCGCCUGUGUUUACGGUGACCCCUCAGAAUCUGUACAUUAGGAAGUUGGGCGAGAACUUGGAGAUACCUUGCGACGCCAGGGACGGUGAUCAAUCCCAUCGACCAGCGAUUGUUUGGUACAAGGAUGGUUCGCCCGUGCCCAAGGACAACAGGACGCUCGUAAUCGGUGGGAAUUUAAUGAUCGGCAGAAUUCAAGAACAGGAUAGAGGAUUGUAUCAAUGCGCGGCGAGCAACGAAGCAGCGACCGUGGUCGCAGACGCGGAGUUAAUGGUCUUAAACGUUCCUCCGAGAGCGCCGUACAAUCUCAGCGCCAACAGCAGCAACAAUGCAGUUACGUUAACUUGGGUACCGGGAUACGUCAGACCUAAGACGGAGUAUUCGGUCUGGUACAGACCUACCGACACCACGGAAUGGAGGACGAUGAAGAUUUUAUCGAGGAAGAUCACCGAGGCAACCGUAAACAACCUGAAUCCAGGACGCGAAUACGAGUUUAUGGUACUCAGCCAGGACAAACACGGUGACGGGAUGUUUAGUAAAACGCUUCGGAUCUUUACGCAGCCCCGUAAGUUCGAUAGACACGAAGUAAUACAAGUGUUCAGUAAUACAAUUAUUCUUAAACUAUCUAUUCGGUGUAUUGCAGAUACCAUCGACGAGAAUUCAGCCUCGGAGUAUCGUAGCCCACCAGACGAGAGAACGGGACCACCACUGAACGUGAGAGUACAAGCGACAGCACAGGGUUAUUUAGUCACCUGGGAACCACCCGGUUAUGGAAGAGAUCAGAUACGAACGUACGUGGUUAGAUGGUACCGAGGACCGUCUGAACAAUUGGACGGAAGAGCCGAAACGACCGACACUUACUAUCUGGUAAAACUACUGGAAGGCGAGAGUUACUACACGUUCGACGUGUCUGCGGUGUCUAUAUCGGACGACGUAGCGAGCAGCGAACGGAUCAGUCUGGAGGUGCCAGCGUAUCGUAGAAACAGGGCAAUUUCUAUGGGAAUUGUGGCGGGCAUCGGGUUCCUAGCUGCCGCUCUGGCAGCUAUAUGGUGGGCAAGGAAACGUUUCUGUCAAUCUCCGAACGAGAAAUAAGAGGAACGCCGAUUAUUCAACCGAAGCUUAUUUAUGUCCUCGGGUACGAUCAGCCGCGAUAGACUUCCCUAAAGUAGCGAUAUCGAUAGUUGAUAAAGUACGACGAGUCCGACAAUCGCAUUUCGAAGCCUCUCAAUCGUUCGUCACGAUUGUCGUGAACUUGUGUUCGUUUCUAUGUAAUAUAAUAUCGAUCGUGUAGGGUUACAAGAAGGGAAAAUAAUGCUCGAGAUUUAAAGAGGAUUUCUUAUGUAGAACGAUCUAAUUUACUUGCGUUUACGAUAUAAGUUACUACUACGAGUGUUCUUGCAUUGCAUCGUUACAUUAUGUAUCGUUUGAAAGCUUUAUUAGAUAAGUGCACGUUUAUUAUGAAUUAGUUCUGGCAUUUGAUCAUUAUUCGGGUACCAGGCCGCGAGAGACGCGCGAGUUUGUUAACGAGCGAAAAUAACGAGUCUCGUGGAUCGGGUUAACUCGGCCAGAACUAUACAAUGUAUACAUCUGAUAUGUUUUUUUAUUGUAAAUAAAUUAUGUCGAUUACUAUUAA